CACAGAGGCUGCACAUUCCUCUGUGGGCGCUGCGGACUUUCCCUGAGCUGCGGCUCAUUCAGUGCGCACUGAAAAACUACUGAAAGUCCCCGUGAGCGUCUGAGUGUGCAUGUGUGUGCGCCAGGCCAGUGGCGGUGUGCGCGUCCGCUGUUAGUGCGGCAGGUGGCGGGGCGGACCGGGGCGGACCAGGGCGGACCAGGGCGCAAAUGGACCGUGGAAAGAAAUCCUACUGUGGACGAGCUGGAUUUGUGGGAGUGUGACAGACUGAGCGGAGUCGGGGCUGUGCGCUCUGCGUCAUGGCGAGCUGCUGGCGCUGGUGCCGCCGCACCUGUGUGUGCUGUCUGUCCGAGGAGGAGAAGAGGACCAUAGCUGUGGACAAAGAGAUCCAGAGGAUCCUCAAACAGCAGAAGAAGAAGGAGAGACGAGAGAUUAAAAUCCUGCUCCUGGGAACUGGGGAGAGCGGGAAAACCACUUUCAUCAGACAGAUGAGGAUCAUUCAUGGACGGGGCUUCUCAGAGGAGGAGAGGAAAGCUUUUGCCAAAUGUAUCUUCCAGAACAUCUUCACUGCCAUUAAGGCCAUGACGGGAGCCAUGAACACACUCAGAAUCCCCUACGCGAACCCAGAGAAUGAGAUCUACGGUAAGUGGCUGCAGGAUGUAAACACAGUCCAUAUUACCCAUCUGGAGCGAGGCUAUGUUGACGCAAUCCGCCGCCUCUGGGCAGACUCAGGCAUCCGGGUCUGCUACGGCCGCCGCUGCGAGUACCAGCUCCUGGACUCCACAGAGUACUACAUGAGUAACCUGGACCGUAUCUCCGCCCCAGACUACAUCCCCACAGAACAGGAUGUGCUGCGAGUUCGAUUUCCUACCACAGGCAUCCACGACUACUCCUUUACCCUCAAGAACAUCACGCUAAGGAUCGUGGACGUCGGCGGUCAGAAGUCAGAGCGUCGGAAAUGGAUUCACUGUUUUGAAAAUGUCACCUCUCUUAUCUUCCUGGCGUCACUCAGCGAGUACGACCAAGUCCUGGAGGAGAGAGAGACCAUCAACCGAAUGCAUGAGAGUCUGGCUCUGUUUUAUACAACAAUCCACUCCUGUUGGUUCCUCAACACCUCCAUCAUCCUCUUCCUUAACAAGACUGACAUCCUGGCUGACAAAAUACAAACCUCUGACUUACAGAAAUACUUCCCCACCUUCACAGGUAAAAGGCAAGACCCAGAGGAUGCCAAGUACUACAUAAAAAAGUUGUACGAGCAGCAGGCUGUCAACCGCGAUAACAGGGAUGAGCGUAAGACUCUUUACCAACAUUUCACCUGUGCCACUGAUACCCACAACAUCCGUAAGGUGUUCACCGACGUCAAAGACACGGUGCUGCUCAAGUCACUCAGGGACUACGGCGUCAUCUGAACGUUACCCAGCGGUUCCUCUGCUGGACCGUUUACCUCCGCGGCGGAGAUAAAAGCCAGAGGGUCUUUUUCCUACAAACAUAUUCAGACUGCUGCUUUGGGCCUCUGUCUCACCCCUCCUCCUUUUUUAAUUCUUCCUCAUCAGAUCUGAAGAGGCUGGAGGAAUAAUAAGGAACAUGGUUUUUACUCCUCUCACUGUUUCCAGCGUCUCUCCUCCUCUUCUCAAUAGAAGAAUAGAAGACGCUUGUGGAGACGUGGCUCUACAGGGAACUGAUUUUUGAUCAGGAAGUGAAGGACCAGUAAUCACCUGAUAAUCUCUCUAAGCCAGAAGCAAUUUUUGCUGUUUCUUUGUUUUUUGAAGAUGAAGAAGUGUCUGGAUCAUGCAGUGACUGAAUCGAUCCAUAAUUGAAGUAGCAGCAGAAAUUAUACAAAUUGUUCUGUUGUCAUCAAGAGAAAUGACUCAGAGAUGGGGUUACACAUACCCCCACUCGCGCACGCACGCACACACACACACACACACACACACACACACACACACACACAUCUACACUAUUAUUAAUAAGAUAGGGUUAAUGCUAAUAUAGUUUCACACAUAUACUGUAAACAAGCAAACAGGGAUCUUUAUUGAAAAUCACAAACCGUGACUUUCAUGCAAAUACGUUAUUCUGUUUUUAAGCAUUGCUAUAUUCAAGAGAUUGUCUUUUCACAAUAGCUGCAUCUAUAUUGAUUAUUGCUAGUGUUGUGACCCAUCAGUUCAACACAAUGUCUGUUAACAAUCAUGUAAACUGUUAAACUGCCACCUGCGGACCUUUUCUUAUAGGUUUGUAACAGCAACAAACACUGGACAGAGGAGAGCAAGGCCAUUAUUUCAAAAUUAUGUUUUAGUUUAUGUUUCAUAAUGAGUAAAAAGCAUUUUUUGGAAUCUUCACCCUUUUAACAUGCACUCCUAAACCUAACCUCACCUUGGUUAGGUUAGGUUUGGACAGGAGAAGUACACGGCCAUUAAACUGUAUUAUGUCACUUUUGUACUGACGGUAUCAGCACAACUGGCCUAGACUUGGCACAGCUUUUUCAUCAUUUCCUCUGUGUGAGGUUAGAUGAUAUUUCUAAUAUCAAGAGAGCCAAAGCAAAUCUAAAUUAAGAUUCUUUAUUUGUCAGUAUAUAGAUCGCAUGCACCACACACUGAAAUUAACCUUCUGCAUUUAACCCAUCACUAGAACAUGCAGGAACACACACACAGUAUCAUGUGAUAUGGAACACCUGAUUAGCAAAAUGCGUAGAAAAUUUUUUCGAAUAGUCUCUAUGUUGAAAAUAAUAAUAAAUCAUCCACAGAUUUUAUAUCUAAACAAUUACAUCCUUUCCCAGAAAAGUUCUUAUUUCAGAAGGAAACUCAAUCAUGAAGAUGAUCUCACAGUAGUUAACAAUACGUUGUGAUGACAACCACCCACUCUGAGGUACUACACCUACAGCUGAAACAACGCACUGGUGCAAAUACGGAGCCAAGUUGAGUGAAUUUGAGCCAAGGCGAGUUGAGCUGAUACCUUCGGUGGAAAAGUGGCAUCAGACUUGAUUGGAAAGGCAACAUCUUUGAGUUUUUGUUGUUAAUGAGGCUGCAACACAACCUUAAACUUGACUUAAACAACCCUACCCCUCAAAGGGGUCAUCUGAUAUCCUGGACUGAAAUUUCUUGUUUCAGUAAACUUCCACCUGCAUACAUGACACCAGGGGCCGGAUCUACUAAAGGUUUGCGUGUGUAAAAACAUGUGCAAACUCAUUGCGCAUGCAAAAAAAUGUGCUAACUGGUUUGCUAACAGUUCACACAAAGGGUUGUGUCUUUCAAAGGUGCAAAAUAGAGCAUCUGCCUCCAGUUAGUACAUUUGCUGCAAUGAAUAUGUGACAUGGAGCGUUUAAACGCCAUUGUGUGUGUGCUGAGAGGAGAAAAAGUAAAUAUUAAUAUAGCACACAAAGUGAUUUAUCAAACCCGAAAGCAAUUUUACUCAUAGAAACUGUGUCUAUAUUUAACAUGUCUCAAACGGAGGUGCAAAUGGUUUGGAUGGGUAAUUACGCACACAUGGCUGUGGUUAUGGUCGCAAGGAAACAUUGAAACAAUGAAACAAGAUGCAGAGAACGCAUUUUUCACCCUCGUGUGAACAUUUGUAGAAUGAAUGAGGAAAGCCUUGUCAUUUUGGAGCUGUUGGAGGAAGUCAGAGCAGAUUUGGAACCAGCCACGAGAAGGAGUCCUGGAAUAUCUGCAAUGACAAAACUCCUGGCAGGGUUACAUGUUUUUGCAUUUGGGUCAUUCCAGCGUACGGUACCUAUUACAGCUGGGAUCUCCUAAUCCCGUUUGUCAGAUGUGCUGUCUGAAGUCCUAAAUGCCAUGUUGUGGCAGAUGCUCAGGUUUAUGAGGUUUCCACACACUCUGGACUCCUUGAAUGAGACCAAACCAGGCUCCUUUGCUGUAGCUCAUUUAAUUAUUUGCUCUACCAACACCUCUAAUUCUGUAGGGUCGAAUUUAGCUUUGUGCUUUCGUCUCCAAACUUGCCAUGCUGCAAACCAACAAAAACAUCCAAAACCCUCAUUUGAAUAGGCACAAGUCCAACACGUUUGCACCUGUUGUCAUUUACGCAGUCACUUCUAGUAAAUCAAUCGCAAAACACGGUUCAACCCCACACACAAAAUUCUAGAUUGCGCACGCAAAUAAGUACACGCAAAUUGGGAUCUUAGUAGAUUCAGCCCUAGGUUGUUAAGAAGCCAUUAGGGUGACGGAAAAGCCCUGUUAACAGAUCUGUUAACAGUCACUGAUGUGUGUCAUGGUUGUACUGGAACAGAGAAAAAGAACCCUGCCACUGUGUGUAUUGAGUAACGACCACAGCUCAAUGGAGCCUUAAUAUGCUUAAUUAAAAUGAGUGCCGUACAUUUGAGCAGUGUGAUCACAGUUGGAGACUGACAGGUUGUUAAAGGUCACGGGUAGAGAAGUGAGACUUGUUUGGCCUGUGAGGAAAACAGCUCGAUUCAGCCCGAGUUAAUCAACGGGGGUGAGAAAGACGAUAUAUUCAACAUGAGAUCUGUUAGGUAAAGGGUAAAGAAUCUAUAUAAGGUGGUAGUUUGGACUGUGGUCCUCUGUCUUAUGUUUAUUUGAUGCAUUUUUAUCAUAUUGAUCUGUUAUUUGAGUUUUACGCCUUGUAUCAAGUAACGUCAAAAUGAAAAAAUGAACUAACCUGGAUGAUACUAACGUUAGCUUGCAAUGUGUCAAUGCUGCUGUUUUGUUAUUUGUACACACACUGCUACACAUCUGAUGUGGUAGCUACUGUAUAUGGUUGAAUUUUUAUGAUACUGUCAAACACCAGUGUAAAAUUUCACUGUACAUUUGCAAGCCUUAAUAUUACCGAUGACUACUAUACUGAUUUUUACUGUAUUUUUUAAAUACUGUUUACUAUGAGCACAAAAACUGUGACUAGAGAGUGUGUUUUCUACUGUUUUGAAUUGGGAAGCUUCCUCUCCUGUGGUGACAGUGAAUUGUUUUGCGUAGACUGGGCUGGAGAAAGUGGGCAAAUUUGUUUUUGUUUGUUUCAAGUUAAUAUUAAAAACAAACUUUUGAAGACAAA